AUGGACCCCCGCGACCGAGACGACCGCACCGGCGAGACCACGCCGCUGCUGUCGGAUCAGCCGCAUCACAAGCCGGACAUUGAACCGGCGGGUAGCGGUGGUUGGCUGUCGGAAGCAUGGCUCCUCUGUCGGUACUCAUUACCGCUCAUCGCCACCUAUCUGCUACAAUACUCGUUCACCGUCAUCACAACAUUCGUGGCUGGCCACCUCAGCGCCGAUGACCUCGCCGCCGCCAGCAUUGGUCUGACGACCAUGAACAUCAUCGGCCUAGCUAUCUACGAGGGCAUGGCUACCGCCCUGGACACCCUCUGCGCCCAGGCCCACGGCUCUGGUCGCCUUACCGCCGUUGGCCUACAUGUUCAACGCAUGCUCAUUCUCAUGGCCCUCGCUACCGUCCCCAUUGGGCUCUUCUGGGUCUUUUCGCCAUCGGUUCUCUCCCUAUUCGUCAAGCAGCACCACCUGGCCGUCAAGGCCGGCACGUUCCUCCGUGUCAGUUUGAUCGGCAUGCCCGGCUACGCCGCCUUCGAAGCCCUCAAGAGGUUCCUCCAGGCCCAGGGCGAUUUCAAAAGCGCCAUGGUCGUCCUCAUUAUCUGCGCCCCCAUCAACGCCCUUCUAAGUUGGCUGUUCGCUUUCAAGCUGAACAUGGGUCUGGAAGGCGCUGCCCUGGGCCAGGCUCUGGCUAACGACCUGCGUCCCGUCCUUCUGCUCAUCUACAUCGUCGUCUGGGGCCAGUGGUCGCACCAGUGCUGGGGUGGAUUCUCUCGCAAGGCCUUCACUGAGUGGAGCGUGCCGGUGCGACUCUCCAUCGCCGGAUCGGCUGUCAACCUGGGCGAGUGGGCUGCCUUUGAAAUCUUGACGCUCAGCACAUCCUACCUGAGCACCGAGCAUCUUGCCGCACAAACUAUCUUGACGACCAUCUCCGUCGUCAUGUGGCACAUCCCCUUCUCCAUCUCGGUUGCCAUCAGCACCCGCAUCGGUCACUUGAUCGGCGGCGGGCUCGUAGCGACCGCUCGGCGAGCCACAACCGUAUACGCCAUCGUCUUUACCGUCGUCGGUAUCCUGGACGCCAUUCUAAUCUUCCUAUUCCGCCACCAGCUCGCCCUUGUAUUCUCUGAGGACGCCGAGGUCCAAAGGCUCACGUCCGACUCCAUGCUUGCGGUUGCGGCUUUCCAGCUCAUCGACUCCAUCAUCAGCGGAUGCAACGGCGUGCUGCGGGGUCUCGGCCGGCAGGCGGUCGCGGCUUUUGUCGUAUUUGCCGUGAACUAUCUGGCUGCAGUGCCGCUCGCGGUCUGGCUCGAGCUGGGAUCACCAGGCCUAGAGUUGGAUGGUGCCUGGAUAGGCCUUGGUGGCGGCAUGGUUGUCAUCGCCAUUAUCGAGUGCAUUUACAUGAAGGUGAUCCGAUGGCAAGACUGUGUCGAAAGUCAUUUGACAUAUGGUGGUGAUGAGACGGAGUCGCGUGAAGGAGAGACCACCUGGCGGGGACCACCUCAGCCCCUUUUCAGUGGGCCUUUGCCUUAUGUCAGCGAGGCUCCAUUAGAACAGCUGCCCAGCCAAUCUCGCAUCGCCACUAAAUGGCGGUCCAUCGACGUUGAGAAUAAGUACACGAUGCCCGGCACCGGGGCCCAAGCCCAUCCCGAUGCUGCCCAGGAGCGGCCGCCUUGUACGGUCUGCUACGAUCUCGACAAGGCGCAUAUGCCUGGAUCUGUCGACUACAUGGAUCUUUUCUGCGAUCUCAGGAGCAUUGUUAAGGCCGGUAAGAAGGGAUGCCAAAUAUGCUACGCCAUCAAAGUUGCUAUCUUUUGGGGCAAUAAUGUCAACGUUCCCAAGAAGAGUCUAAUGCUUGAUGAUUCAUACGCCGUCAUUUACCUGUUUGAGACUAUCUCUAUCCAAUCAUCUGUCAAAUAUCGGGACUCCACGAACAAUGUCAUUGUCGUGAAGGGCCUAGUCGAUUUGUUCACGAAACCAGGUGAGAAAGUGAUGAACCUUCAGAGGGCUUUCAGGAUGGAUAUUGACGCGUUCGAAGGCAAGCCGCUGCCGUGGAAGUCUAUCGGAGUCUCUAAUGAGAUUCCUCUCAAACUACACCUUAAGCAUCGGCAGAAGACGAUCCGUGGAUGGGUCGAUGAAUGCAAUGCAACACACAAGGCAUGUGGCACGAGGAUGUACCCGUCUGAGCCCGGUCUUGCUCCUCGGCGAUUCCUGGAUCUUGGAAAAAGCCCGCGGAACGGUAUCAAACUGGUCGAAUCUUGUUCAGUCUCCGGUCCCUACAUCACCGUCAUCCACGGCUACGCCGGACCGUUACCGGCUCCUUCAUCGCUGACAACCUCGGAAAACUUCGACCAGCGCCAAAAGUCUUUGCAGUGGUGGCAAAUACCUGUGGCCCUGCAAGAGACCAUGACGGUCGCUAGUGAAUUGGGUUUCCGGUAUGCUUGGGUCCAGGAAUUCUGUGUCAUUCAAGACAUCGAAGAAGACGUAAACUGGCACUUGGCUCGAGAGGAUAUCAUCUUUGGACGGUCAUACCUCACUAUCGCCUUGACAAGCGUUAAAGAUCUCAGGCUGAGCAAUUUCGGCCCCAAACGACAGAACAGCAUAGCCGGCGUCGAAAACGCGGGUAGAUCCGUUGCCAUUCAAGUCAGUAGAUUUGGCCGCCCACACUACAUUUAUGCUCGGCAGAGUAUGCUUUGGCAUGACGCGGCAUUCGCCAACAAGACCUUGUUGCGGCCCGUGGAUGAUGACGAAAAAUCAAAUGUCUCUGAAGAACACCAUGAACUCCUCCAGCAUGGCCCUGCUUUCCAACGCCUUUUGCUGUCUCGCAGGGUGCUCUAUCUGCACAAGUCAGAGCUAGUGUGGGACUGCCUUGAACGGCCCAGAUGCGAGUGCGAUAGCCCGUGCUUUGGACAAGGACGAAAGGUCAUAGUGAACAUCCUGCAGAAACACACCUGGAUUUCGGGCGGGGCCGUGUCGGGAGGCACCGUCGGGUCUCCCGACUUUGUGCUCAAACUUUACAAAGCCCUCACGCCGGCCAGCCCUGAAGAGAAGCUGGCAGUUGUCGCCGGCCUCUUUCGACAAAUCCUUCGUCUCAAUGGAAGAUCCUACUUCGCCGGCAUCGCAGUAGACACACCUGAAGAGCUGUCGCGUGACCUUCUAUGGACCACCCUGCCGCCUGAGAGGGCGCAACCGAACCAGCUUGACCAAGAUUCCCCAUCUAUCACAGACGCAUAUCGACAUCACACCAGUCGCAUCCCGUCAUGGUCCUGGGCAUCCAUGGUUCUGAGCAAGGGAACUACAUUUGGAGGAGCCUCACAGCUAUCGCCAGGCAACACAUUCGACUUGGUCUAUCGCAGUAUGUUAUUCGGCUCCGUGGGAAUGUUCUACGACGAGUUGCCCGGAUCCGACGAUAGUCUGCUAGCCACCAACUACCGCAUAAAAGCCAAAGCGGCGAUUCGACCGAUCACUGCCGUGCCACCGAUAGGCAGAAGACCCCUAAUCCCACAUCUGUUUAGCUGUUACGACGGUGGUCCCUUGGAUCGCAAUUCUCACAUGAUCUUCCGGUUUCUGCCGGAUUGCGCGAGGCUUCGCGGUUCGUUCCAAGCCAGUGAUGGGUUCAAAUGUUACAUUAUGCUGCUAGGCGUCGUGACGCCAGUUGGGCAUGACCGGGAGUGCCCAAUCAACCAGUCUUGUACCUGUGCACAUACUGAAAACCACCUGCAAGUUGGCUUGGUCCUGCGAGAAUCGCUGCGGAAUGAGGGUGCAUUCGAGCGGAUUGGGACGUUUGCAGUAUCGGAGACUCGCGGCAUGUUCUUGGGAGUCGUGCCGCGUGACUUGACCCUAGUCUGA